AUGCAAUCUACUGAAGCUGCUGUAUCUACUUCUCCGGAGUUACUGGCCGAGGCCGAUACUUCAACGGUCAUUACCAAAAGACGACCCAUCCCUCGAAAAGGUCACACCAAGUCUCGAGCGGGCUGCUCUAGUUGUAAGAGGAGAAGAGUGAAAUGUGACUUUGUAACUCCAGAAUGCGGUGCUUGUUGCCGGUUGGGCCUAGAGUGCGAGUACCUGAAUAAGCCUGGACAUCAAAGCACGACUACCAUAUCGAAGCCAUUGCGGACUGAUCCAGUCAUGUUCGAUGUGAACGACCUAAACUUCUUUCGACAUUUUCUUUUUGAAGCAUAUCCUUCUCUCCCUAUCGAUGGCUUCACUGUGUGGCAGCAAGCCUCACAGCUUUCGCAUCAGUAUGACUUCUUGUUGCACUCAAUGCUGGGGCUCGGUGCAUCUCAUCUAGGAUUAUUGACGCCCUCUGGAUAUGAAAAAGCCGCCUUGAAACAUCGAGUUGUUGCAAUCGGCGCACUGAACAAGCACCUCACAAAGGCCAUUUUCACCCAACAAGAUGCUGAAGCAGCGUUCGGCGCGAUGCUCAACUUGACAUUUCAAUCUGCAUACAUGACCGAUGGACUUGUCGACUUUCUUACAAUGGUUCGAGGCUGCUGGCUCGUCGGCACACAGCCUUCUGUCAACUUGGAUUCCACCAUAUUCAAAACAUUCGGCAGGGUAAGCUAUCUGGAUAAGAUAAAGGCUAUUGUUCGUGAAGACGACCAAUCGAAUCAUUACCUAGACAGAGCCAUCGCUAAGGGAUUCUGUCAAAGUGUUCAAAGAUUAGGAUCGCUAUGUCGAAGCGUUCCUGAGCUACAGUAUUUGGCACAUAUGCAGAAGAUUGCGAUUCUUGCGUCUACAAAUCCUGCUGAGAGCUACCGUGAACUUUCCUUUCUCUACGACGGGCUAGGUCAUCUCAGCAGCAACGAUUUCGCUUCAUUCAUCGACACCGAGAACUAUGCUUCCCAGCUCGUCAUUAUACACAUGCUUGUUUUAGAGUUUGUCAUGAGCCGCAAGGCGGUUGAAGGAGACAAAAGGUCUUCGAUGGGCCAGAAAGGCUACUACUUUAGAAAGGCCACUUCAAAGGGUUGGGUGCAGCAGAUACUCAGCAGGCUUCCGUCAGAGUACUACGAGUACGGCGAAUGGCCCUUGAGAUUCAUCAACAGCCUAAAUUAUUCGUUUGAUGGCGAGGACCAGGUUUGGAAGCCUUUCUUGCUGAGCAGUGGUAUGGCGAUAUUGCAAGGGGGAGAUGCACUGUCUUUAGUUAUUCCGUAA